ACCACAAGAUGGCGAGAACAGCUAUAGGUUUUAUUGUGUCGUCGUACGGUGUGCAUGAGGAAAUAUCAAACAGAAAGUGUUCCACUGCUCUGCCUUAGCUAACACUGGCUGACUUCUAUCAUUAUUAUUAAGGAGAGCUCAGAGGGGUGAAAAUGUCUCGCAGAUAUGAUUCUAGGACAACCAUAUUUUCUCCUGAAGGACGGCUGUAUCAGGUGGAGUAUGCGAUGGAAGCAAUUGGACAUGCUGGCACAUGUUUGGGAAUUCUAGCCAAUGACGGAGUACUGUUAGCAGCAGAGAGAAGGAAUAUCCACAAACUACUUGAUGAAGUUUUCUUCUCUGAGAAGAUCUACAAGCUCAAUGAAGACAUGGCCUGUAGUGUUGCAGGGAUUACAUCAGAUGCCAAUGUACUGACAAAUGAACUGCGGCUCGUUGCUCAGAGAUACCUGUUGCAGUACCAGGAGCCAAUCCCCUGUGAGCAGCUCGUGACAACACUGUGUGACAUCAAACAAGCAUACACACAAUUUGGAGGAAAAAGACCAUUUGGUGUUUCUCUACUCUACAUGGGAUGGGACAAACACUACGGUUUCCAGUUGUACCAAAGUGACCCCAGUGGCAAUUAUGGAGGCUGGAAGGCAACAUGCAUUGGCAACAACAGUGCUGCCGCUGUGUCCAUGUUGAAGCAAGACUACAAAGAAGGAGACAUGACUCUAUCCUCAGCUCUGGCGUUGGCCGUCAAGGUCCUCAAUAAAACAAUGGAUGUCAGCAAGCUCUCUGCAGAAAAAGUGGAGAUCGCUACCUUGACACGAAAAGACGGAAAAACUAAAAUCAAGGUUCUUAGACAAAAAGAAGUUGAGGGACUCAUCAAGCGACAUGAGGCAGAAGAAGCCAAAGCUGAGAAGGACAAAAAGGAGAAGGAGCAGAAGGAAAAAGACAAAUAAGAAUAAUGAUAUUUGUAGUCCCACCUUGUUACUUUUUUUUUUUUUUUUUUUACAUUAAAAUGUUGAGAAGUGAAAUGUGUUUGUCAUCUCAUCAUAACACCAAACGGACUGUUUGCAAUAGUUACUCUCUCUGGUAACCAAUUACUAUUGCAGUUAAUAGUACAGUUACUGUAUAUUACAACAUAUACACACUAUGACAAUUACAAUGAAACUCAGUUAUUGCCCAACAUUGUUAAUACACUGAUUUUUCUUACUUUUUAGCUCAUUUUCAUUUUUGGUGUAAUUUGCAAACUUCUCCGCACGAUGGCGACAAAGCAAACAAUCAGUUUAAUGACUCGCAUACACACCAAUAAUACUCUGCAGUGUUUUAUGCCUUUAUCACCAGCAGUGCAAGGUUACUGACAUACACCGUUAAAUGUAGUAGAAUCCCCAUUGAAAAUGAUGUUAGUCUCUGUCGUUUUGUUUGAAUUCUUAUCUAAUCCUUUGAUUUUUGUCUUUAAAACAGCCUGCAGUGUUAUGGCUGGUGAUUAAGAUGUCAUGUGUCAAAGAGCAGGUGGUGAGUGUGACAGCAGCAGCAGUGUGUAUUUCAUCAGUAACUGGCACGAUGUAGGUGGUCAGGAUUGCUGACCAACCAGCUGUUAUUGCUCAACAGUAUGCAUGUACUGUGGACGUGCGUGUGUGUGUGUGUGUAAAAUUAGCGUAGUAAGGAUCCAACCUUUUUUUAACCAUUUACAGUAAGUAGGAGGAUUUUUUUAUAUAUGCAUUGGUUGAUUCUGAGUACCACCACUGAUACUACAGGAUGGGCAUCAGUAAAUAUGAACUGGAAGACAGUAUAGAGGUGGCACAGCUGUUUCAACAAGUUAACAUACAGUUCUGGUUAAGUAAAAAAAGUGAGGUGUAACUGCCUCAUCUAUUGGAUUUUCGUCACAUAAAAAUGUUGAUAUCUUAACUAUAAUUCAGUAAUAUUCCCCCUAUUUGUUUUAUCAAUUAUUUAAAUCCAUCUCAUCGUCUGCAGUGAUGUUUCAUUUGUUUUGUACUUAAGUUCUUUGGUGAGGAUCCUCCAUGUUCUCUCAGUCUGCGUCAGCAGCUCUAACUCACAUUUAAAGGGCAGAAGCAGUGAGGUCAUAGUGUUCACAUGAGUUUUUACAGUGUGGAGUGGGAGGAUCUUGGCAUCUGCUCAGACACUUUUCUGAAAAAGUCUGAACAAGACACAGUGAGUUACAAUGUUAACUAAAAAGUUUCCUGUUUAAAAUCUGAAAAAGAAUCUGAAAAGAAAAAAAAAUCCUGUUAAGAUUUACAUUUUAAAACCUCUCUUUUGGUGACAGUGAUGCUCUUGAGUCCUGCUUUUAGGGUAUAAUCCGCACAGUACAUGAAGUUGUCGAUUUGACUCUAGCACAGACACUCACCACUGUCUGCUGUGAUGAAACAGACUGGGAGAGCAGGGCAAUCUGCUGCAGUGUAAACACAUCCCAGAAAAGCACUGGAAUGUUUCUGCAGUGGGAGCUGGAGUACGAGGUCAACCUGAGGCCAAGGCAGGUGGUAUACAUCAGAAUCAAGGCUGACAUCUCAGCAUUAACUUAUCCAAACAAGGGGCAGGCUGUAUGUUAUCCUGCGACCAAAGGAGGAGGAGAUAGGGGAGGAUGGAAGGCAGAAGAGGGGAGGACGAGAGUCUGUGUCUAAAAUGUGGUUGUCUCUGCCUCAGGCCCUGUGGGGAAGAGAACCAGUUAGAGUGAGCGGACAAACUGGCUGCCAUUUCAGAGGCUUUGAUCUAAGCCCCAUCGCUGAGCCCUUCAGAGUGAUAAGCAGUGAGAUCAAUCUGUCUGAGGUAAGAGGAGAGUCGUGGACAGAAUUUCUCUGAUCUCGGGUAAAAUGGUACCAUAUUAUUAAAAAUUGCUCCAAAAAUAUAAAAUAAAUUAACAACAAUAGUACGAUAAGAGCUACCAAACAUUAAAUAAAAUCAGAAAUCGCAGACUCUUUGCCAAAUAUACUUAAUGUAAAAAAAAUAGUUCUGAGUUAAUAUUACACACAUACACAAAUAUGACUCAAUGUAUCAUAUAAACAUCCCAAACUACAUACCCUGGAUCACAGGACACACACUGAUUUGCCCGCAUUUGACAAAGGAUGCAGGCAUUCAGGUCUUAGAAACAAAAGUGGCUCAAAUUAGGGCUGGUUUGGAAGCCUGGAUGGUCCGGAGAAAUAUUAUACAAAUUUAAACCUUCACAUCCCUCAAACAGGACAAUUACACCCCUGGUAUUUUAAGCCAUUAACUGCACAGCAGUCUCAAACACACACACACGCACACACACACACGCACACACACAUGCACACAGUGUAUUAAUGGAUAAGACUGAUAAUAACAGAGGCUGUUGGUGUUAUUUAAGGUUACAAUAUCAGUGCCAAGAGUCAUAAUUAGACACUAAUAACGGCACAGAGCGUCACCAACAUCCAAUAACCUGCAGAAAACACUGUCUAUGAUCAAAGUGCAGCAUUUAUAAAAAGAAAAAGACAACAUUCUAAUUUAAAUACACUCAUCCAUCCAGCUCUUGUUUAAAGCCAACUCACUGGUGUGUGUAAUUCUGGCCUCACUGAGAAUUAGAGAUUAAGUCAUCCUCUCAUCCAUGUGACUCAGUUUUGGGAGCAGUGAAUCUUCAACAUCACAGACUUCCUGCUCAGAACCAAAACAGUUCACUUCAGCAUGAAGGCCGAUAGAAUAACAGUAAACAAUGAUUAAACCCUGCUGCAGCAGCAGUGUACUGUAUGAAGCUACUGUGUGCAGCACAAUGGCAGGUUUUGUGACAUUGUAUAAUGUUGCGUUCUUGUGAUCAAAAACCCUGUAGUGUAGGUCAAACCUCUGUUUUUUUAUUUUUAAUUACCUGGUUCUUAGGCCUGUGAAGACUGAGCUGAACCCAGUGAUUACUCCUCAGAGAAUAAAUGUCAACGUUAAUGUGCUUAAUAUAAACAAUCUGAGGUGAACUGAGGGUCAUAUGUCAAAUGUGAUAUGUAGUAGUAUUUCAAAAGUACCUGUGUUUAACGCUUUAUCUAGAAAACCUGACAAAAAGGUAAAUGAUUGCGGAGCAACUCUCAUAGUGACAAUUUGUCUUUUAUAUUUUAUAACUUUAUCUUAAUAACUUUUAUCAGCAAUUAAUAUGACCUCUGGAACAGCAAUUACAUUAAAUUAAAUAAAACAAACUGGCUAAAAUACAGCCCCAAAUCCCGACAGAGCCUCACCAGAGACAGGAAACUUGAAUUGCCAAUUCCAAUGCAAAUUUCCAUCCUUUUAUUUUUAUUAUUUGAGGAAAUGGUUAUUUAGGAAGACUCUCCCAUCCAAAGAAUAUUAAAUAGGAACAUCAACAUAAUUACAAAGAAAAUCCCAAAGAUUUAUUUGAAAAAACAAAAACAUUGUGCUCAAAUUGCUUGAUUGAUAAAGUCAUAAAUAAUCAAUAUCCUCCUGAUGACAUGCACUCACCCUGUAAAAACCCCUGCAGCCAAAACCUCAGUGUAGAUGAAUAAAGACAACCUGGAUCCACAAUCUAGGUCCUCGUUGUGCAUAAAUUUCACCCACAUGUAUUAAAAUUAUAGUACAGUGGUCCCUCUCUAUAUCACGGUUCUGAAUUUUGUGGUAAUUUUUUUUAAUUAUAAAAAAUGACAAAUGUAAAAAUGAUUAAAAAAACUAAAAAAAUAAACAGCAAAAUUAUAGCAAAAAAUAAAUUAAAAGACAUCGCUGGUAGCUUUGUUUACAAGAGUAGAUCGAACACAGCAUUGAGCUCUUCUGUUCCACAUGCUGAUUGGCUCAUGCAUCUCCCCUUGUCUGUCCGCCACUCGUUCAUUUUGCUUUGCACCGUUAAAUAGUUGCUGUAAAGCUUGUGCUCUUGUGUUUGGCUCUAAUUUAACACCUCUUAAACGCUCUGAUCAUCUUCUCAGGCUUAUGUUACAAAGUCCAAACGAAGAGUCUGAUACAGAUGACAGUUAACAGCCUUUAUUUUUCUUUCUUAUACAGUUCGUCCGUCUUGCCCAGUAUCUCUCCUCUAUUCACUCUCCUCUCUCCCCGGCGCCUUGAUUAGAUAGGAGGGGGAUCACUGGACCAUGAAUUGUGUGUUCAUGACAGUAAAUUCAGCGCUGAAGAGAACGUGAUUUGUCUCUACUGUUCUGCUGAGAACAGCCUCUCUGCUGCCGUGGUUGGUUAGAUUAGAUAGAAGCAUUCAGCAAGAAACAAAUGUGGUUCACAUGCUACACGCUCAUGGUACCACCAUGGUGCGUACAGUAUGUGUGAACAGAAUGUUCUGGUACACCAGUAAAUCAGUUGAAGAUCAUUAGCAGCAACUAUUUGCAACUAUUCAGAGCGAUUUAAUGUGGACAAUAAUACAACAGCAGUUUUCUGUUAUAAAACCUCGGGGCUAAUGAUAGGCUUGAAUUUGACCUCUUCAGAAAUCAUAAAAUAAAUCACCAACAAUAGCCUUCAAUCAACGUUGAAACAUUUCCAUGUUGUGAAGAACUAUGUUGACCAGAACAAAGAGACACUUGGCUGACAUCCACUCAGUUACAGAGUGGACUUCAAAGUUAUUCUGCUGGUCUAAAAAUCAUCGAAUGGUUCUGGUCCAGAACUGGUCAGUGUGUUCACCCGGGAGGGCGGUGAGACCUGCAGACUCAGGACAGUGGAAUCCAGUCCAGUUAUCCUGCAGAGAAAUGGAACAAGAACAGAUCUGAGGUUAGAUUCAAUUUUUAAUUUUUAAUUUUUUGGACUUUAUUGAUCCCACUCUGGAGAAACUCGUGUUAACAGUGUGUGCUGCAACAGGCUAUCCCUGGCAAGUGUGUGGUUCCUCUUGAAAUCGAACCUAGGACUCUCCGCUGGGCAGAAGCAGGUGUGCUAACCGCUACACUAUGGAACCAGGUUAAGAACACUUAUUUGUUCUUAUUUUAUGUGCUAAUAAUUGGUUCCUUUAAAUUGCUGUUGUAAUUGUUGUUCAACCUUCAGGUAUUGUGGCGUUUUAUUUCUUUUCAUUUUUUAAAUUUAUAUAUUUUACUUUUAUUUUUUAUUUUAGUUGGUAUUGAGACAUCCGUUGAAUAAUUUUAACUUUUAACAGACUUUUAACAUCAAAUAGAUAAAAAUAAAUAAAUAACAUUAGUCAAGUGAUAAAACGUCCUGGUUCUAGCACUAUGGUUAUUUUAUUACAAAUGAUUCACAUAUAAUUUCAUGAGUAAAGUCAUAUAAUGUCAGCAGGUGUUCCUCUUCUGUCAGGAAUGUAUUUUUUGAACCAGACAUCAAUGACCUUGACUGACCCUUAUCUGCAGCUGUUCCCAGUUACCAUGAAUGGGCCUUUUGUUUCCCUCAUCAACACCAAAACAACGACCUGGUUUAUUAAAUCUGUUACCUUAUAUCCAGCCCAUAUUCAAGGUAGACUAACAUCAGCUGCCAAUCUUUGCUGACCAAAAGACGAAGUGAAUUCAUUUCUUGUCGGAUUAUUAUAUGAGGGUUACAGACGUCUGAGAAGUUUGGGCCCGUGUCUACGGCUAUUGUCUCAACCGGCACAUAUUUUACCCCCCACUCUUUAAAUUUAAAUUCCCCAGAAACUCAGUCUAUUUCAUUUUUGAUAAGCUGUGUGUCCUAGAAACAGCGGGUGGCGUCUAAAUUAUGCAACCGUCCACGUCCUCUUAGCGGCAGAGCAGAACUGGGCUGAGAUGUCAGAGGGAACAAGCCAUGACAGGCUGAGUUAGAGACCUGCAUUAUGAAUGAAGUUGGAAAGUAUGGCUCAGAUGGAGGUGCAGAGUGGUUGAGGUGAUGGAGAAGGACAGGACCAAACCAGAUCAUGGACCAUCUGUGGAUGGCAAACUUCACUUUACAGCCCAAAAAUGUUCCCUCUCACAUGGUCUUUAAUAUAGCCUCACAGCUGUUAACCAAUGCUAUCAGCUCCAUACACCACUGGUGUAUGAGUGUGUGAAUAUCAUUCACCUGUUUAACUGAGUCUCCGUAUACUCAGUAUAUACUCAGCAUACUGUACUGAGUUAAACUGUGUGCCUUUUUCUUCUCUUAAUAUUAAUAUUUGAAAUUAUAAAUAACAGGGAUAUCAAACGUCUAAAGUGAAACCACAAUAAUUUUUCCUUUUAAACUGUAUUUACAUAUAAAAUUAACAACACCAAAUAAUUAGAUGCUACAUGCUAAAUUAAACAUCCAGUUUAUAUAUAAUCAGUUUACAAAACCAGUAUUAAAUCUUAUGAAGUAAUGUGAAAUUCUUCAUAAAAGAUAGAAGACAGAUACGCUUCUCUUCUGCCUCUUCAAUGUUUAUUUAUGUUUAGUUAAUAACAAAAAGUUUAAUUUUGUUUAUAGAGUUGUGUUUGUGACCCACAUGUACAAACAGAAACUGCCCUCUAUGUACUGUGGUCAGCAAUAGGCGCUAGUUAAGGCCUCCGUACUCUUUCAUUGAAUUAAUUUCCUCUGAUUUCCACAUGAUUGGUUUUGUCAGUAAAAUACAGACAGUUGACUUUUUCCGAUGGUGAAACUGAUAUUAAAUCCAUCUCCCGUUUGAAGAUAUCAAUAAAUCUAAAAUUGAUAAAGAAAUUAAUAUCAUCGCAUUUUACGAAAAUAAAGCCACACUGCAUGUAGGCUAACUUCUGUACGAAAGUUCCCAUGAUCCUCUAGUCCUAAUCACCAUCAUCGCUGUCGGAGUGGGAAAUCCCCCCAGAACCCCUGUGCUUCUUAGCUAAGUCUCCUAACCAAGUUAAAUAUUUGAUGAAAUUAGUUCUGCUCACUGCAUCCCUGCUCUCACUUCUGCUGCCUGCGUUGCUUGAUUUUCUCUUCUUUAGAUAACGGUUGGUUUGGUUAGUUAAUAAUGAGUCACCAAUUAAAGCUACUGUUUUUGAAACGCAAAUCCGCCUUAAGAAAAUAUUUUUAGCUAAGAGUGCUGGUAAUAGGUAUUAUGAAGUCAAGUUGUCUGUAGUCCUCCAAUUAAGAUCUUAGCUUAGGAUCUCAGCUUGUAUUAUUGACAAACUUGUUAAGUGUCAUAAUAAGGAGUAACAUGAGAUGUUCAACUUCAGGAAACAAAAAAACAUCCAACCUGCAGUGAAACAUGGAAACACUGAGAAUAGUGUUGUUGUUAUGAUACAGUGCAUUGAACUAGUUUCCUGUGUGCAAAUGCAGUUUGCUGUUGUUUUGCUGCUCAGUUUGGUGUCAGACUGUGAAGUGCUGAUAUACAGUACCAAGAGAAGGCUUAGAUACCUAAACCCUGAACCCUACAGUAACUGAAGUGGCGGCAGAGCUUUGCCAAAGAAUAAUUGUCUCAAAGACCUGAGGGUAUUUGUUUGAAAGUUCAUGUUUUGUACAAGGUUUUUGUAAAGCUAAAUGUAAAGGUUAAUAUUCACAUAUUUAUUUUCUCUUUAUUUUAGCACUUGGGAAACAACUUAAUUUUGUAAUAUUUUGACCUCAAUAAUAAUAAUAAUAAUAAUAACAACUUUCAUUUUAAACCUGUUCAAACUUGCCAAACUGUAUAAAACGAAAAGCAGAAACAUUUAAUUGAAUAUUUUUAAAUAGUAUUAUUUAUUAUUUGGAUUAAGUCUUUUAAUUGCCUUUAUUUGGUUUUAUUAAUUUCUACCACUGUGUUAUUAUUUAUACAGAUAUAUUAUUUUGGACCUUUAUUAAUGCAUUGUUUAGAUGCUGCUUUAAAUUACCUUUAUUGUUUUUUUUUAUCUGCUUUUGUGACUUGACUUGUUUGGCAUUCUUUGUUCAUAGCGAAGUGAGAAUUUCAUUUGACAGGGAAAUCAGUUUCUCUUCUCUUGUGCUUAAACAAUAUACAGGUUGAAUCUUAAAUGUUAUAUAACACAUACACAGAACCACAACAUUGAGUGUUAAGCUGCAAUUCCUCUUAAACAACUUCAUCCUGUUGAUUGUCACAGGGAGAGCUGAGACCAGUCUCUGCUGCCAUUGGCAGGAUUAGACUCUAUAAAUCAGAUCAACACCAUGUAACAGCAACCAUUAACCCCAAUAAAGUGCACAAUGUUAUUUCUAGUUAUUUCUAGUUCCACCAACUGUACUGUAAGCUGUAAAAAACAGGAACCAUUCAGUGCUAAUCCCUUUGUCACAUGAUUUUGAUAAAUUACAGAUGUUCCACUCUCUUAAGUUUAUAUUCAGGUUUCAGUGCGAGCGAGGGGACGUAAAAGGCUGGUGUUUAUUUGGAACCGAUUGAUUUAGUGUUGUUGAAUAGAACUCAACCACAUCCUGCCUCUAUUAGCUGCUCUGUUAUUGUCCAUUAGAUGUGAGCCAUGUCUGGGCUCUGUGUAGCACAGAGGGAACAGGAGAAUGUGAGUCCAACAUGUGUUUGGACUGGAGAUCAGUGAUUGAUGCUCUGUGAGGGUUCACCUGCCUUCACCACCGAAGGUCUUCCUGGAGGGAAGUCUGCACAGCUGGAAAUACAGGUGCCUCACUAAAUAUUUUACUUCUUAUCUGGCAAAGCUCAACAGGGUAAAAAAUACAUAAAGUUUAAUAAAGAUGUAAGACAGUGGUGAGACAUGCUAUGAUGUAUGGUUUAGAGACAGUGUCUCUGGCUCAUGGAUAAAAGGCAGAGCUGGAGGUGUCAGAGAUGAACAUGCUUGGAUUCUCACUAAAAGUGAACAGGUUGGACUUGAUAAGAUGUGAGCAGAUUAGAGGAACAGUAUAGGUUGAGCAAUUUGGUGAUGAAGUCGAGGAGGAAAGGUUGAAAUGUGUUGUGAUAAAAGAUGAUACAUAUGAUAAAAGGUGUCAUAAUAGAAUGGUAAAAUGGAAAAAAGAGUCCUAAUUUAGCAUGUCGUUUUUUGGCAAAAAUGUUUUCAAGAUUUUAUCUUGUCUGCAUAGUUCUCAUCAAAUUAGAGCAUUUUGAGAAUUUAGUUUCACAAUUGUUCGGCAAAAUCAUAAUUUUAUCAUGACAUUUUUGGUCAGAUAUUUAAAAUUUUUGAAAGCCUAUUUUAGUUGUUUUUAUUACGUGCUUUUCAUCAAAUUAAAGCAUUUUAAAAAAAUGUUUGGAUUUUUUUUUAGAAUUUGUUUUUUUUAUUUUAUGGCAAAACCCUAUUUUUGCAUGUCAUCUUAGUCAAAAUUCAAGUUUUGAAGAAUAAAAUUCAAAAUUUUAUGUUU